AACACCUGUGUGCAAAGCUGUGCUCCCACCACCUGCGCCCCUUUGAAGGGCACUGCGCAGAGGGCUGCAGCGUAUGGAGAGGAGUCUGAAGCACAGCUCAUCUCAGGGAGGACCCAGGCUGUGGUCUCCUGUGGCCAGGAAGGGGGACGGUGGUGAGGACGCCUCAUGGGCAUCUGCAGAAACCACCAGCCACACAGUGACCACUAAUUAGUGAUUGGCAGCCGCGGCCAUCUCCAGAGUCCCGUGUGAGAGCGUAUUUCUCUCUGGGUGAGUUCCUUUAAGCUCUGCCUGCACCAUUAUAAACCCCAGGAUUCCCCAGCUUAACCCCUUCUCAGCCUCUAGAAAAUCCAAACACCGAUCCUCAUGGCCACUCCACCUAACUCGCUGUGUUUCCUGAGUGACAGGCUCAAAACCACAUGGCUUUUUUUCCUUUUCUCCUUCCUAAUAUAAAAAUCCACCUAUGUAAACCUCAUGUACGAAGUAACCCCACUCUCUCAGAGGAGGGAGCUGCAGAAACAAGGCAGGAAGGGUGCACAGGUCCCCUUGAUGUCCUGGUGAGUCCAUCAAGCCACAGGCUGGGCAUGGCAGAGACAGAAACCACACAGAUAGAUGAAAGCACAUCCUGUGGUUUACCAGGUUAUUAGUCAAGCGUUGGCCAUAUUCUUUUUACCCAUGAAAAUAAAAACCCUCUCAAGCAUCCCCAAAAUGAAUAGCAUGUGACCCAGUCGAGGUUCUGUGAAGAGCUCCUAAGACACAAUUCUUUUUGUUUUUUUUUUUUUGUUUUUUUUUGUACCAGGGAUCGAACUCGGGUCCUUGCUCUUAUGAAGCAGGAGCCAGAACCACUGAGCUAAAUCCCUGGCUCAGUAAGACACACUUCUUCAGAGAAAGAUGACUAUGCCCAUACGAAGCUUAGAAUAGUGACGUAAGCAUCUGCAAAAAAAGGCUUCAUUUUACUAGCAACCAAACAGAAAAAUUUAAACGCAUCUUUGCUUAACAGCCUGUCAACAGUAAGAAGAGGUAGGGGUCAGGGAGACCUGGCAGGCAUUUUUAUACCUGUCAGGGUGCAGAAGUGGUACAGCCCAGGGCCCACUGGCCCUGUCAUCAGAGCUCGAGAUGUGUGAACUCCUCCAAUUCAGAGGAAGCCUGUCUGCCUGGAUUAGGGGUCAGGAGCGGGGCUCAGCACAGGGGGCACCAGAGGGCUGGAAUUGGUGGUACCAAAAUAGCACAGUCACUUUUGUCUGUGCCCAGCAUGGAGCCCUGCAGAGCACCACUGGAGGCUGGUGGCCACAUGUUCGGCAGAACAGUUCUGACUGACUGUGAUUUCUCUCGGACACCACGUCAUCUGGAGCCUUCCAUGGGGCCUCACUCGCCCCGGCCCAGUCCUGCACCACAGGCUGCCCAGGGAGCCAGGCAGGGGCUGCUGAGAACGAGGGCCACCGUGCUGUGUCUCGUCUGCUUCUCCGUCACCGCUGCUGAGGGACACCCUGGCUUCCUGGGGAGAAAUGAAGGCUUGAAAACAAAAAGAGAACUCAGGGUGAAUGAGCCAAGGCCUCCAGGCCCAGCCCAGGAAUUCGAGGUGCUGCUGCAGGUGCCCUACAGAGACACCCCAGAGAAGGAGCUCCUGCGGAGGAGGCUGCUGGAGCUCCCUCUGGCAACCCCAUCGGCCUGCUUUCCAGGGCCCUCGAGGAUCCUGGGGGCGAAGGCUACCACGUACUGCCGCAGUCAGGAUGGGGCCGUGCGCUGUGCCUGUGAGGACACCUACACCUGGUUCCCCGCCUCCUGCCUGGACCCCCAGCACUGUCACCUGAACGCGACUGGAUCCCGCCCAAGCUGCGACUGUGGUCCCAGUAACCUCAGCCAGAGCGUCAGCUUCUGUGAGAGAGCGAAGGUCUGGGGCACUUUCAAGAUUAAGGAAACAUUUACAAAUGAACUUUUGAAUCCAUCUUCUGCUAAAUACUCUCAAUACGCAUCUAAAAGUGAAAAACAACUCGAAGAAGUAUACAAAAGAAUUCAGGAUUUUGAGUCAGUUCAUGUCACUCAGUUUCGAGCCGGCAGCAUCAUCGUGGGUUUUGAAGUCAUCGGCUCCAGCAGCACUUCCCAGCUGCUGGCUGCCCUUCAGCAGGAGUCUGCUGCAGCCCAGGCGGCGCUCAGCAAACUGUUCCCCCUGGAAGCUGGCUCUUUCAGGGUGUUCUCGAAAGCCUCGUGUCACAGUGUGGCCUUUGGCUUUGGGGCUGAGGACAGCGAGUUCACCCUGCCCUGCGGCCGCGGCUACGCUGGAAAUGUCACAGCCCGGUGCCGGUCCUCGGGGUGGCAGGUGGUGCAGGAGUCCUGUGUGCUCUCCCAGCUGCAGGAGCUGCUGCAGAACUUCAGUGCGAUUGCAGGCAACGCCACCCAGGCGGAUGUGUCGGCCUUGGUGCGAGAGCUCUCGGGCAUCCUGCAGCAGAGCCAGUCCAUCACAGCAGGGAACCUGGCUUCCGUGGUGUCACUUCUGAGCUCAGUCUCCGCCCUGUCCCUGGAGAAGGGUUUCUCAGUGUCAGAUUCGACCCUGGAGGAUGUCAUCAGCAUAGCUGACCACAUCCUAAAUUCCUCAUCCAUAACGAACUGGACGAUAUUACUGCAAGAGGAAGAACAGGCCAGCUCCCAGUUACUCCAGACGCUGGAAAACAUCGCCCUGCUAGUGCCUCCCUCUGCUCUGCCUCUGAAUUUCUCCCUGGAAUUUAUUAACUGGCAAGGGAUUCCAUGGACCCAAACCCAAGGCAAUCGCAGUUACAGCUACCAGAUUGAGAUGUUCCAAGAAGAUCACCCCCUUCCCGUCAGAGGCCAUGUUUUUAUUAGGCCAGACCAAUUCCAGGUCUCCGCUCCAAAAACUAUCGUCAGCAUGGCUUCCGUGACCUUCGGGUACAUCCUACCCAAGACCCAGGGCGACAAUGCUCGGGUUAACGGGCCCUUGAUAUCCACAGCUGUCCAAAACUAUUCCAUAAAUGAAAUCUUCGUGGGCUUCUCCAAGAUCGACACAAACCUGAGCCGGCCCCACUGUGUGUUUUGGAGUUUCAGUCAUUCGCGCUGGAGCAGCGCCGGCUGCCACCUGGUGAAUGAGACUCCGGACACAGUGCUGUGUCGCUGCACUCACCUCACCUCCUUCUCCGUGCUGAUGUCACCUUCUGUCCCUGCUGUGAUUGUCCCUGCGGUGAGAUGGGUCACCUACGUGGGCCUGGCCAUCUCCGUUGGAAGUCUCGUCUUAGGUCUGACCGUCGAGGCUCUGUCUUGGAAACAGCUCAGGAACACCCAGAUCUCACACACACGCCACAUUUGCAUGGUGAACGUAGCCCUAUCCCUCUUGAUUGCUGACGUCUGGUUCAUUGUCGCUGUCACCGUAGACACCAGCGCCGGCCCCUCUGGAGUCUGCAUAGCCGCCAUCUUCUUCACUCAUUUUUUCUACCUCUCCUUGUUCUUUUGGAUGCUGGUGCUCGGCGUCCUGCUGUCUUACCGCAUCGUCUUCGUGUUCCACCACAUGGCCAUGCCUUCGAUGAUGGCCAUUGGAUUCUGCCUGGGCUAUGGGUGCCCCCUCGUCAUAGCCGUCAUCACCGUUGCGGUCACACAACCUAGCAACAGCUACAGCAGGAAGGACGUGUGUUGGCUCAACUGGUCCGAUGGGAGCAAACCUCUCCUAGCUUUUGCUGUCCCUGCGCUGACUAUUGUGGCUGUGAACCUGGUGGCGGUGCUGCUAGUGCUCUCAAAGCUCUGGAGGCCAGCCAUCAGAGAGAGGGUGACCCAGAAUGACAAAGCCACCAUCAUCCGCGUGGGGAAGAGCCUCCUCGUCCUGGCGCCUCUGCUGGGACUCACCUGGGGCUUUGGCAUCGGAACCAUGGUGGACAGCCAGAACCCAGCCUGGCACGUUGUCUUCGCACUGUUCAAUGCGAUCCAGGGUUUUUUCAUCUUCUGCUUUGGAAUACUCCUGGAUAAUAAGCUGCGGCGACUUCUGAUCAGCAAGUUGUCUCCAUUAAGCCGUUGGAAGCAAACACAGAAGCAAAAUCCCUCGGAUGUAUUGGCCAAACCCAAAUACGUAAACUCCUUCCAACCGUUGAAAGACAAAGGCAAGUAUACACUUUCUCAUACUGGAGAUUCUGCCAGCAACAUCACAUUAACUCAGUUUCUAUCAACUGAAUAAGGCCAGGGAUCCUAAAACCAAAGAAUGCUGUUUGGAGCAACUUGACAUUUAAAGCUAAAUGUCGGAGAGGAAAGUCAGCUUCUUAUCAGAUGAGAUAUUCUGACCAAGGAGCAGAACAGAGUGGUCACAGCGGCUUCAUCAUUGCCUCCUUUAUCUUGAAUUCAAUGGAAGAUUUAUUUCAAGGUGGCUUGAGAUUACUCCCUAAGUGCAAAGAGUUGGCUUUGUUGGAAAUUUUGUCAGUUGUCCCUUCUUCUCACGACCACAAGAUGUGGUUUACUUUUUCAUAAAAUGACCUUGUCUACACAGCCUUUCCAAUCAUGGAUUGGAAUAAGAAGACUUCACAAGCUAGCCUUAGGUGACUGCGUUGACUUUCUUUUCAAAAAGUUCUCGGUGCAUAUUUCCUAGAGAAAAGGCAUUUUCCUUCCAAAUUUUCCAGUUGGAUUUUAUGCUUUUUUUUUUUCUUCAUGGGUUUAAUUCCUUCACCCUGAAAGUUGAUCCGAGAUAAAAUAAAAAUUUCCAUUUUGAUAGCUUUGUAGCCAUUUAUGAAGGACAAUAAUGUGAUUUGAUGUGGAACGGAGCAUUUUACAGUUUACAGUGUAUUUUUGCAUGGUCUCCAACCCAGAAAAUGAAGUAUCCGGGUGGACUUUGGGCAGAGAUAAGGAAAGUGAAGUCAUUCACCAAAGCGAAGCCAGUACAGGAGGAUCAGAGUUACUUUAGCACUGGGAUCCUAGCACAAGUCUGCAGCCCCAUAACAACCUUGAGUGUACAAUCCUAGGAAAUCUCUGUGAGAUUAGUUACAUGGUUCAUUGCUGAUUCCCAGAAUUCUAACUGUGUGAGAGGGGAAUGGAGGGAUAGUUUGGCUAUCAGCUUCCAGGGUUGUGCCUCCAACAUCUGGAUUGUCUCCCUCACACCUUUUGGAGAUGCCUUUUGGAAGUGAUUUGCAUAUAUAGCCAGAACUGCUUUAGGGUGAGGGGCAGAGCAGCACGUGAGGGGAUGCUAAAAAGCAGCAUUUCCCUCCCAUAUUUCUGUCACUCUGAGCCCAACCCAGCGUCAGCCCUCACUGCAGGGCCUAGAGGACCCAAGCUGCACAGUCCCCUGACUGUUUUGAAAGCUGCAGUGUUCAGAGUGUUCCGUAGUUUCUAACAUGAAAAGCCUCGACCAGAUAAAGAUAUUCUGGGGAAAUUCUUCCAUGGGGAGUGGGUUACACAGGCACCUGUAGAGAGAAUUCGAGUUCAAAUCUCCACAAAGCACCAAGGAACAGCACAAAUGAAAUGGCAAGUGAGACGUUGGAAGAAAAGAACUGGGACCACUUAGACAGAUCUGUACCUCAUGAACAUAUCCAAGAACCAGAAGAGAGUUUGAUGAGAAAGAUAACCUUAGGAGACAGCUGCUCUGCAACCCUCCUCAUCCCACCUUGUUUGGUGACAGAAGGGGGGCUUUGCCUCACCACCAACGUGGGGAAAGAACCUCAUGAUCACCUUCUAUGGAACACAGCACAUGAGGUGGCAUAUGUGGCUGCUGGUGUCUGAUUCUUGCCUGGAUGGGGCUGGGGCUCUGUGUUCAGAUUGGCUGCACACCAGUGCUUCUCAGGGCCAAGGGUUUGUGUGCGCUUCCUGUGGACCAUGGUAAGACGGGCAAGAGAGCCCACGUAGGGCUGCGAGGUCCUGGGAGACAGCCAUCCAAAGAGGGGAAGGAAGCCAGCUUCAGAGUUUGGAUGUGAUGCCAGGCAUGGGGUGAGGAUGGAGUCGCAAGUGACCAGCUUGAGGGACCUGCAGGCGAGAGACCAGAACUGGGGGAAUCCUGAGGGUUAGAGCAGUUAUCACGUGAUAUCACCUCACCUGACACCAGGUGACGGUGGCCCCAUCUCAAGCAUUGACUCACUCGUGCCUGUGGUGGGGGAAGGGGAGGUGGAGAACCUCAGACUCUGGGGUGGGAAAGAAAAGUGGGAAAACUAAGGGGAAAAGCAAGCAAGGAAUAAGUGCGGGUUAUACAGUCAGAUCAAGGCACGGCUCAGCUGGAGAAGAAAUGUUUAAUACUGGAUCCCUUGUCACUUCUCAUCACAUGAUUCUCAAGUAUUUAAAUUUAUCAAAAUGCCCCCAUUACCUGGGCACAUAGGAGUCCUGGAGCACAUCUGGGGAUGAGGAAGUCUCCCACCGAAUAGCUUUUGUAAAGAUAAUUAGGCAAAAAACAAAAUGUUUGAUCCCAUACCAUGUACCUUGCUUGUCUAAAUCACUAAUUACACACAUUUACCUAAAAAUUCUCCUAAAACGGUAAAAAAUCAAAAAA